CGAGACUUCAAAUCACUGCUCACAGACCACUCCGUCAGACAAUCCUUAUCAAGGGCCUGGUCCGGUGUUGACAUUUAUAAAGGAAUAUCAUUCCCUGAAACAAAAAGAAUUCUAGGCACUACGAUCGGUUGCCCAUCACAAUAGAAUACCUAAUACACCUUGAGGCAUACGAAAAGGGAAGCAAACAUGAAGUACGCAACUGUUGGUGCUUUGGCCUCCGUGGCCGCCAGGGCUGCGGCGGACAAGACGGACAUGACCUUUGCCGUCCUCCAUUUUACCGGUCAACACACGUUCUUGACCGAAGGUCCCAUAGAUCCCGUCGUCAACCCCGGAACGCAAGCAACCCAUUAUCACAGUAUCAUGGGAGGUAGCAACUUCGGCCUUUCUACUGCGGGUGACGAUCUCUUAAGUUCGGAUUGUACUACGACUACCAUCAAGAACGAUAAGAGCAACUACUGGGUUCCAUCUCUCUUCUUCCAAGACCCCAAGGAUGGCACCUUCGAAAAGGUCCCUCUAUAUUACAUGAAUGUGUACUACUUCUUCGAGCCCACCAACGGCACCAUCGAGCCGUUCCCCGUUGGGUUGAAGAUGUUGAGUGGUGAUACCAAAACCAGAUCUCCUCCCGCGUUCGGAGGUGGAAGCAAUGUUGAUCCUACCAAGGGCCCAAUCCAGCCAGUUCAGUGGACUUGCCCUCGACAGAGCUACGAUCCUCCGUCUUACCCCGUGGAUUCUGACGGAACCAUGGCCGGUCUUCAGGACCCUAACAACCAGGGCGCAGGUGCGGGUUUCCCCCUUUACGACUGCGACGGCACCUACUCUCCCCUCCGUCAGGACAUCCACUUCCCUUCGUGCUACAACCCCGAAGCCGGUCUUAAUGACUACGAGAACAAUAUGGCAUGGCCUACCCCUGUGAACGGACUACUAACCUGCCCCGCCGGAUGGACCCAUGUCCCUCACCUCUUCUACGAGGUCUACUGGGAUACUCCCUCGUUCAAGGAUAGGUGGACACCCGACGGAAAGACCCAGCCUUUCGUCCUGUCCAACGGUGAUGCUACCGGUUACAGCUCGCACGGUGACUUCAUCUCCGGCUGGGACGAGGACACCCUCAAGACUAUUAUCGACACCUGCAAUGUUGGUACCCUCGGCAUGGAGCACUGCCCUACUAUUCCCGGCGGUGUCAACGACGACCAGAACUGCACGAUCGAGCCUGCUAUCGGUACCAUGGUGAAGGCCGCGCAGACUCUCAAGACCCUCCCUCUCGGCUGCCCGGUUACUGGUUGGGGCCAUGGUAAUUCCAGCGACUCCGAUUCCGACUCUUCCUCGGCGCAGCCUGCUACCUCGACCGUGAGUAACUCCCGGAUCCAUUUACUUCCUUUUCCAACUUGUUUCGCUGCCUUCUUCCUGUGUCUCUUCAACAUGACCUAGUAUUCCGAAU